AUGGUUGCGGCGUGGUUUUGUGUGAUUAUAUCGCAUUUGGGAAUCCAGUCUGGCAGGCUGCCUUUGGCCGGCCACGAAAAUGCACGACUGUCUGUGAUGCAGAGAUUGGACACUCCACUCGGCUGCAAGCCUUGUAUCCUCUCAGACGGCUGCACAACAAAAGACCCUCAGGCAAAACAGCGAAAAGAGAUUGUUGUGUUUUUUCUUUAA